AAAAAAAAGCAUUGGCAACAACCCCACUUCAUUUCGCUCCCAUCUCCAAGAUACAAUUGCAACUACAUUAUGAAAAGCCUUCAAUGCGAUUGCCAGCACCUGCUCGAAAACGUCGUUGGCAAUAAGAUUGCGAUGAACCCUCUCGAUCCUGGAGAGUUCAGGCGUCAAGGACACAUGGUCGUUGACUUCCUAGCCAAGUACUACGAGAACAUUGAAAAAUAUCCAGUUCUUAGCCAAGUCGAGCCCGGGUAUCUUUCGAAACGCCUCCCGAGUUCUGCCCCGCAGGAUGAAGAACCCAUGGAGGCCAUACUCGAUGAUGUGCACCAGCACAUAUUCCCGGGCUUGACUCAUUGGCAGAGCCCCAAUUUCUUCGCCUACUACCAGACCAACACUAGUACUGCAGCGAUUCUUGGUGAGAUGCUUUGCGCGGGGUUCAACGUGGCAGGAUUUAAUUGGGUCUCCUCCCCCGCUGCGACUGAGCUUGAGAGCCUAGUCAUGGAUUGGCUCGGGAAAAUGCUGGACUUGCCAAGGCCAUUCCUCCCUUUCGGGAAUGGCGGGGGAGUCAUUGAAGGGAAUACCAGCGAAGCCAUCAUUUGCACUCUCACUGCUGCGAGAGAUAGGGUCCUGAGGAAGUUGGGACAUAAUUCCAUUGCGAAGCUCGUUGUCUACGGGUCGGACCAAACGAAUUGCUCAUUCCAGAAAGCUGCCCGGGUUGUGGGAAUAGACCCGCGGAACUUCCGGGCCUUAAAGACGACGAGGUCAACCUUGUUCGGCUUGUCCCCGGACUCGCUAGAGAAGGCAAUCCGUCUGGACAUCAAUGCCGGGCUAAUUCCGUUGUACUUAUGCGCCACGGUCGGGACAACUUCAUGCGCAGCGGUUGACCCGCUGGAGCCUCUAUGCAAAGUCGCAAGCAAGUUCAGCAUGUGGAUCCAUGUCGAUGCAGCGUACGCGGGAGCCUCGUGUAUAUGCCCGGAGUACAGGAAAUUCAUCAAUGGGGUGGAGUUUGCAGAUUCAUUCAGCUUCAAUGCACACAAGUGGUUACUGACCCCUCUCGAUUGCUGCUGCCUCUGGGUAAAAGACCCAAAUGCCCUCGUGAACUCCUUAUCAACAGACCCCGAGUACCUCAAGAAUGAGGCAACUGAGUCAAAGCAAGUUAUUGACUACGCAGAUUGGCAACUUUCUCUCAGCAGGAGGUUCAGGGCAUUGAAGCUGUGGCUUGUACUCAGGAGUCAUGGCGUGCAGAACCUGAGGAGUCACAUAAGGAACCAUUGCCGAUUGGCAAAGCUCUUUGAGGAGCUCGUGGAGGAAGAUCCCCAAUUUGAAGUUGUUUUCCCGAUAAACUUUGCGUUGGUUUGUUUCAGGAUUCGUCCCUCAGGGGUCGCCGGCAUGUCUAAUGGCCAUGUCGAUAACGAACAUGGUGAAGCAUGGAAAUUAAACGAGGUGAACAGGCUCAAUGCACAAUUGCUUCACGCUAUUAAUGCUUCCGGUCGGGUCUUCAUGAGUCAUACAACCGUCGGAGGAGUUUAUGUGUUACGGUUUGCCGUCGGGGCGACGCUGGUGACUGAGAAGCACGUGAUCAUGGCUUGGAAGGUGGUGCAAGAACAUGCAAAUUCCCUAUUAAGCAUGCCGGCCAGUGAGCAACAUUCCGCAUAACUGGCCUACUGCAAAAUUGCGCUGCAUGGGCUGCAUGUUCCCUUUAGGCAGCACUUUUCCAAGGGUUGCUUAUGCCGCCGUUGCCGAAAU